AUGGCUCCCAGUGAUGAACAACCUCAAAAAGAGGAGCCACCCACUGAGAGUCAGGAUGUUACACCUGAUGAAGAGAAAGCAGAUGCAGGAGCACCUGAGGAAAUGACUCAGCCAAAGACUGAUGGUGAGGAUGGAGACGAGCUUGAAGUAAAGGGCGAGAUGGGGAAGGUCCUCGAGGUCAGUGCCUUUGUCCUCUCGGGCAUCAUGGCCGCCAUGGCCCUUGAAGUCCUAGUGUGA